CAGUUUCUGUCGUUUGCACAUAUUCAAAAUCCUAGCCCCGAUGACCUGGGUAUAACCGGACACAGACCCAAACUAGAACCAGGUGUCUGUUCAGUUCGUGUCCGCCGUCCUCUGUUCAAGUGCAAGCGAGCGAAGAAACGAAGCACCAGGAGGCGGGAACAAGAAGGAAUUUGCGCAGCAAGCAAAGGUCCCGAGUUGCAAACUUGCAACCCAAGAAGAGCGUUGGACAUGCAGAUGGAGGGGAGGGAGGGUAUCGCGGUGGUGGCCGCAGGCGGCGGCCAUGGAUCCGGGCAGCACGGCAUGUUCGGAGCGGCAGACAUCGCCAUGGCAGAGGCGCAUGAGGCAGCGGCCAAGGGGUACCAGUACCAGUCCUCCCCCUCGUCGCCGUCGACGUCCCUCACGCCGUCGCCGCCGCCGGCUGCGGCUGGCCACGCCGGGGACGCCACCGCGGCGCCACUUGCCUGGAGCCUGGGCGGCGGGAUGCCGAGCGAGCCCGCGGGGGACAGCGGCGUGCGGGCGGCCGGGCAGAGCCAGAGCGAGCACGCCAACAACAUGAGCUCCGAGCGCCGCCGCGGCCGCCCGCGCGGCUCCGGCAGGCGCCAGAUCCUGGCCACUCUCGGGGAAUGGUACGCGCUGUCAGCCGGCGGGAGCUUCACGCCUCACGUCAUCAUCGUGGGUACUGGGGAGGAUGUGGCGGCGCGCGUCAUGUCGUUUUCGCAGAAAGGUCCACGCUCGGUCUGCAUCCUCUCCGCCAACGGGACAAUCUCUAACGUGACGCUGAGGCAGCCGGGCUCAUCUGGUAGCACCUUCACCUACGAGGGCCGUUUCGAGAUCCUGCAGCUGAUGGGCUCCUUCACAAUGGCUGAGGAAGGUCGUAAGAGGACAGGCGGCCUCAGCGUCUCUCUCGCUGGCCCAGACGGCCGUGUGGUCGGCGGCGUAGUGGCUGGGAUGCUGCGUGCCGCAAGUCCUAUACAGGUGAUCGUGGGAAGCUUCCUGCCCAACAGCCUGAAGCAGCACCAGAGGCGGAUGAGCGCGCAGCAGCAGCUCUCCCCGGUUCCGGCACUGCCAGAACCUGAAGCGCCCCCACCCGUGCUCACCGCAGCCACCCCGAUCUCUCUGGCAGGUCCUGGGAACGGGUUCCAUGAUGCGCCGCCACCCUCCGCCGCACCUCCCCAGCCCCACGCCAGCGCCAUGAACCUGAACGCGACGGGCUUCCCCGUGGCUGGCUGGCCCGCAAGCUCGCCGCAGCAGAUGGUGUACAGGGCUUCCCCUGACAUCAACGUCAGCUUGACUCCCCAGGAGUAGGAUCGUUGGGCUCGUCGUCGUCUUCUCUUUUCUUUCCGUCGCCUCUACGCUGAUACAUUUUGGGAGAGAGAGAGGAAGUGAGCUAGGAUCAUGAAAGGAUAGGCAAUAUACUGAAUGAGAAUGAACUGAUCUGUAGGUGGCGCCAACCAUGACUGUGGCAGUUGAUUUAGUCCUACUCCUUUUUCA